GAGAAAUUCCUUUUGAAACACCAUGAGCGUGACGAUCAAAGACUACCAAUUAACUUUCAACAGUCACAAACUGUACGAUGUUUGUUUAAACGAUACCGAAAUCGAAACAAUCGUUACACGUGAUCCCUCCAUGGUAUGUUCAUGGAUCGACAACACUGAAAUCCAAAACCAAUGUCGUCUCCACCGUUUGAUCGUUGGAAUCGACGUCGAGUGGCGCCCGAAUUUCAACCCGGGCGCCCGACAAAACCCCGUCGCAACACUCCAAUUGUCAGUAGGAAAAACCUGUCUUAUCUACCAAAUUAUUCACGCUCCUAAUAUUCCCUGGCGACUCCGUAAUUUCCUCAACAAUGAUGAUUACAGGUUUGUUGGAGUUGGUAUUGAGAUUGACGCGAAGAAGUUGUGGGAUGAUUACGGGCUUCAAGUGUUGAAUAAGGUUGAUCUAAGGGAGUGGGCGGCGGAGGAGCUCGAUAAUGAGAAUCUUUGUAAUGCUGGGCUUAGAGAUUUGGUGAAGGAAAUUGUUGGAACAGAGAUUUACAAGCCAAAGAAUGUGACUUUGAGUGCUUGGGAUCAACGCUGGCUUACCCAUGAACAGAUAUGUUAUGCUUGUCUUGAUGCUUAUCUUUCUUUUGAAGUUGGGAGGCUCUUAAGUUCCUGGUAUGAUUAGAAUAUUAUGUUUAUUAUUACUACUACUACUAUUAGUCGAUAUGCUAGCAGCCUACCCUUGUUUACUUAUGCUCUGUUUGGAUGGUUAUCGUAUUAUAGUGUAUUGUGUUGUAUUAUAUCGUAUCGUACUGUAUUGUUUGAUGUAUAAUAUGUGGAUAGAUUGUAUGUUUUCCGUCGU